AUGAAUACAACCAGUGUCACUCACUCUUUAGCACUGAUGGCGACAAAUGCAACAACAAGUUUUCUAGUCAUCCAUCUAGCAAGUAUUCAAACGCAAAUAACACGUUGUUUAGCUAUUCCAUUAGUUCUCGGCAUAUUCGGCAAUUCGGCGUCAUGUAUGGUUUUCAGUCAAAAACAACUCCGUUCGAGCGGUGUAUCACGUUUUUUCAUUGCCGCGUCGACAUUCAACAUUAUUGUACUUAUUUAUGGUGUUGGUACAAGUUUCUUUGCGCUUGAUCAUGUUAGUCCUGAUACAUAUUCACUGACUUUUUGCAAACUACGUUUGUAUUUACGACAUAUUCUUUUGAUGAUCGUUCGAAGCUAUAUUAUUCUCGCUUGUAUUGCUUCGUUCGCGAUAUCCUCUCCUCAUACAAGUUUACGCGCUUUAUGUCAACCACGAUAUGUCAAUUGGGCGAUCGUUCUCGUUCCACCGGUUUGGCCAUUAAUCGCCAUACAUAUGAUAUUUUUUAACACCAUCCAAAAAAACCAAUGUGUUAAUAUCGAAUCGUAUGUCAUACCAUUUGGUAUCUAUUUUUUUCUUGUUGUUGGUCUUUUACCGGUCGUUCUGAUGACCAUAUUCAUUUCAUUAACAACCCGAAAUUUACGUCGCUUACAUCAUCGUGUUCGAGCAUCAGUUCUUCGACCAACAAGAUUACAAUCACGUGAUCGACAUUUCAUACGCAUGCUUCAAGGGCUCGUUGUAAUGUAUGCUGUUACGAAUCUGUUCUAUCCAGCCAAUGUUUUAUACUCGGCUGCAACUCAUUGGACUGCAAAAAGUGCAGAACGUACUGCUAUAGAAGCGAUAAUUUUCUCCAUAACCAGUAAUUACAUCUUAUAUAUCAAUAAUGUGUCACCAUUCUUCGUGUUUUUCACUGCAUCUGAUUCUUUCCGACAUUCAUUUUAUCACACCAUCUACAAAUUCAUACGUUAUGUCAUAAGCAAAAGGAAUCAAAUACAGCCAGCAGUAAUCACGAUUGAACCAUCUGCACACAACAGAACUUGA